AUGGUGUAUACUAUUGAAGCUGGCAAACGAUCUGAUCGAGCGCCUGAUUCAUCGGUACUUGUUAUUCCGAGUUCCGGAGAAGGAGGACGCAGNGACGCAGACGAUCCGGACUCAUACAACACCACAUCCAGCUCCAAAAAGGUGUCCGUCCGAUCUAAAGUUUGCAUUUCCACCGCUUCUACCCUCGUGACAGUGGUAUCCCGGUUAAAAUCUGAUCUAUCUGACCCGAUCCGUGAGCGUCUGAUGGAAUUCAGUCGCUUACUUGCCAUGGACAACUAUGUCUCACUGAGUCAUCUACUCACGGGAUCGAUUGAAAACCAGUUGUUCGGAUCCAGUCGUUUGUCUGUGUCCAGUUCUAACUCAAGUAGUGUCCAUCCACCGUCAUCUCGCUUGCGCACACAUUCCGUGGAGCAUGUGGAACCGGACUGUCUUUCAGUCAGUUCACUAGGGUUCUAUCGAUCACCGAUUCCUGACGGCACAACAGAGUCCAACCUGACUGGUGAUGCACAUGAACCAGUAAAUGGCGUGGACUCAGUUCCGCGGGAUCCUCCCGCCACACCGUCCACUUCUCCACCGAAACCCCAUUUGCCUCAUCCCAAUUCGGAUCGAAAUCUUUGUCAGCAAACGGGUAGUGAUGCAGGCCCAUCGGUUCAUUCGAACGAGAGUGAGAAUCGGUUCAUGCUCAUCCCUCCCCGUCCGAUCAUGGGAAUCAGUAUGAGCAGCACACUACCGCGAGGAAUAAGACGCAAAAGCGCCUCACCAGCACCGUUCGGAAGCACAUCCACAGUGUUAUCCGUGCUAAGUUUUGGCUCAAUGGAACUUGCCGAACAGUUGACUUAUUUGGAAGCGGAAAAAUAUUACCAGAUCAAGCUCGGUGAAUUAUUGAACAUAUCUAAUUUGGAACGGGGCAAAGCACCCAGUGUGGCCGAUUGUGCCGUGCAUUUUUCGUCCGUGUGCAACUGGACCACGUUUCAAAUGUUGGCCGCAGCACCAACCGAACGGGACAAAUUGGCCAAUCGAUUUUUGGACGUGAUGGAGGCAAGUGUGUUCAAACAUACGCGCAUAUACGUUGUUUUUUGUCUGCACAAACUACAAAAUUUCAGUAGUUACCUAUCCAUUCUGUGUGCUUUUCUGUUGGUUCCGGAAAGCUUAUUCUCCCGAAGGACACGAGGUCGUCUCAGUCGGGUGAAGCCGUACAUGCAACCACCUUACUUCUCUGAAUACAGGCGUGAGCUGGAAGCAGCCAAACCCCCUUUUAUCCCUUACCUUGGACUAAUGAUGCAACAUCUGAUCAUGCUGGCCCAAGCACAUCCUUUGUGGUUUGAUAAAGUACCAGAGAAACUGGUCGAUUCGUAUCAGGAAUCUCACGGACGCAUCGUCAAUUUUUGGCGUUGCUGGAAGCAUUUCCUUAUCAUACAUUUCAUUGUAAAGCAGGAGAAUAUGGAUGCAGAAAAAGCGUAA